AUGUACAAACAAUAUAAGCUUUCUCAAGACCUCCGGGUUCGCCGAGUUUGCAGCAGAGCACCUGCCUUUUCUACGAAAUCUCUGCAGAACGGGACCAAAGGUGUGACAAGAUUAGAAGAUUAUGUUGGAAAAUACUUGGUCGCCAUAUUUUAUCCUUCGAACUUCCUAAAACUAUCAUCACAGGAGCUAUUAAAUUUCAACAGUUAUUUGUCAAACUUUCAAGAAAUCAAUUGUGAAAUUUUAGCAAUCUCUCCGGAUUCCCUAGAAUCUCAUAUCGCAUGGUAUUGCGCGCCAAUUCAGAAGAAUGGACUUGGUGAAAAUGUCCAUUUUCCAUUACUAGAAGAUAAAAAUAUGAGAAUCUGCAAAGCAUAUGGAGUUUCUAAUGAGGAUAAUGGAAGUGCUUUAAUGAGCAUUUUUGUAAUCGAUACAAACGGACUGAUACGUAUUACCGUAUGUUUAGAUAAAGGAAUACACGUUUCUGUAAAGGAUAUACUGCGAAUGGUGAGAGAUUUACAAAUGAAAGAUAAGGAAGAUGAAUUGGAUAUUUUAAGACAUUCGGAAACACCAGUAACAACGACGCCACUUGAUUAGUUAGGAAAAGUGAUUAGAAGUGUUAUGUGUUAUUUUACAUCUGGUUAGUUUUCAAAUGUUAAUGAUUUUUGUCUCUGUGAGACAAUCCCUUCUGUUGAACCCCAUGUAAAUUCAUGUUUAUUGUACAAUUUCUAACUUGUUUCUUUUCAGUUCUACCGUUACUUUUAAACCUUGAUAUGUUAUGAUUUAUUCUGUCAUUGCUUCGAUUUGUUUGUUUGUAUCUACUUUCCGAU